AUGGAGACAGGGCUGCUGGCCCAGGAAUUCCAGAUUACUGAUAUUCGACCUGUGACUGAGACUCCGGUGCACCACUGCAAUUUCGUACAAGGGCAAGUGGACGUGGAUUACCUCUAUGAUGUGUGUAAAGCUGCUGUAGCACACCACAGCAUCCUGAAAACAGUGUUUGUGCGAGCAGGAGACAUGAUCGUCCAGGCCAUGAUGCAGUCCCCCAAGCUUUCCUUCCACACAGAGAAGGCCGAGAAGGAUCUCUCCAUGUACUGUGACUCUGUCUGGGAGGUACGAUGGGGUGUCCAUACCUGUUUUGUCGAAAGAUCUCAGCAUGGCGUAUUCCGGCCCCCUCUCUCCCAAACCCUGGACUUUUGCUCUUACAUGCACUACCGCGCUCUCCACGACCAUGGCCCUACCUUUUGCUUUUGGCGCAACUAUCUACACCAUUUCAGGGUGCAACGUCUACCAUUUAGGCCCUCUGCUUCACCUCUUGCACCUUCUGCAUCGUUAGAGAAUUCCGCCUCUAGCGCCGCACGCAUCGCCGCUGCUCAGAACAUUCCCAUGCCGAAUCCGCCCCGAGGAAUCACCACGGCCAAUCUCGUCGAAGCAGCAACAGCCUGGGCGAUGCAUCGACACGGCAGCCCAACCGACCUGAUCCUGGGCCAGACGAUAACCGGUCGCAGCAUUGCCGUCCCCGGCAUCGACACCGUCCUAGGCGUCUGUCUCAAUUUCAUCCCCUUCCGCGUGACACUCCCUCCGGCGUCGACCAUAAUGGACCCCCUGAAGCACGUGCAGCAGCAAAGCAGUACAACACUGAGCUACGUCUUCAUGGACUUUUCCGACAUCGUGCGCCACUGCUCCAACUGGCCCCAGGAAACCCGGCUGCCAUGA